ACUAAAAGUAAACAAGCACGUUUGCUACUGAAUCUCAUUCAUAACAUUUACAGCUGAAACAUACAACUUAAAAAAAAGAUUUAGCGGACCCUUACAAUUUAAACACGAUCGAAACAAACAAGGCAACUGUAGAUAUUUGCGCCUGCUGUUACCAUCAUGAAGCUCAAUGUGGAUGGUUUACUUGUUUAUUUCCCUUAUGAUUACAUCUAUCCCGAACAGUUCCUGUAUAUGCAGGAACUUAAAAAAGCAUUGGAUGCCAAAGGCCAUUGUGUACUUGAGAUGCCAUCUGGGACAGGUAAAACUGUAUCCCUGCUAUCCUUAAUUAUUGCAUAUAUGAGGGCAAAACCUCUUGAUGUUACUAAAAUGAUAUACUGCUCCAGAACAGUCCCUGAGUUGGAAAAAGUUGUUGAAGAGAUGCGAGGGUUGAUUGACUACUACAUUCAGGAGACAGGAGAAGUUCCCAACUUUGUGGGCCUGGCGCUGAGCUCUCGUAAAAAUAUGUGUAUACACCCUGAGGUCAGUAAAGAAAGAGACGGAAAAGUCGUUGAUGGAAGAUGUCACCAGCUCACAGCUUCAUUUGUUAGAAAUCGUCACAAGAACAACCCGGAUGUACCAGUCUGUGACUUCUAUGAGGAUUUUGAUGCAAAUGGCAGAAAUAUUCCCUUACCACCAGGCAUAUUUGGACUGGAUGAAUUGAGGGAAUACGGCAGACAGCGAGGCUGGUGUCCUUACUUCCUUGCCAGAUAUGCAAUUUCUCAAGCCCAUGUGAUUGUGUACAGCUACUACUACCUCCUAGACCCUAAAAUAGCAGAGCUGGUGUCAAAGGAGUUGCCCAAGUCAUCUGUUGUUGUGUUUGAUGAAGCUCACAACAUUGAUAAUGUCUGUGUGGAGUCAAUGAGUGUGAAGAUUACUAGAAGAACAAUAGAUAAAUGUAACCAAAAUAUAGAGGAUCUCACCAAACAAAUCAAAAGGAUUAAAGAAGUGGAUGAAGCCAGAUUAAAGAAUGAAUAUCAGAGAAUGGUGGAUGGCCUACGUGAGGCCAGCAUUGCCAGGGAAACAGAUACAAUGUUGGCAAAUCCAGUAAUACCUGAUGAGAUACUUCAAGAGGCUAUACCUGGGAAUAUUCGCAAUGCUGAGCACUUUGUUGGUUUCAUGAAGAGAUUUGUUGAGUACUUGAAGAUCAGAUUGAGAGUCCAGCAUGUGGUGUCUGAGAGCCCGCCUUCAUUUCUCAAAGACUGCCAAUCAAAAGUGUGCAUUGAAAGGAAACCACUUAGAUUUUGCUCAGAGCGCCUGGCAUCACUCCUCAGAACAUUGGAACUCGCUGAUAUUAAAGAUUACUCUGCACUUUCUCUUGUAGCAAAUUUUGCCACCAUCAUUAGCACAUACACCAAAGGUUUCUCCCUCAUCAUCGAACCAUUUGAUGACCGAACCCCCACCAUAGCCAACCCUAUCAUGAACUUCAGCUGUCUGGACGCCACCAUUGCUGUCAAGCCCAUCUUUGACAGGUUCCAGACUGUUGUUGUCACCUCAGGGACAUUAUCUCCCCUGGAUAUGUACCCAAAGAUAUUAGACUUCAAGCCUGUGACCAUGGCCACCUUCACAAUGACUUUGGCUAGACCCUGUAUCUGUCCAAUGAUUGUUAGCAAGGGCAAUGAUCAGGUUGCUAUGAGCUCCAAGUUUGAAACAAGGGAGGACAUAGCUGUGACCCGUAACUAUGGCAACCUACUGGUAGAGGUGGUGACUGUUGUGCCUGAUGGGGUGGUCUGUUUUUUUACCAGCUACAUUUAUAUGGAAACUAUUGUGGCUGCAUGGUACGAGCAGGGCAUCAUCGACCAGAUACAGAAACACAAACUUCUAUUUAUAGAAACACAGGACGCGGCUGAGACCUCUCUGGCUUUGCUCAAUUACCAAAAGGCUUGUGAAAACGGCCGUGGCGCCGUCCUGCUUUCAGUGGCCAGGGGCAAGGUGUCUGAAGGCAUUGACUUCGACCAUCACUAUGGGCGAGCCGUCAUUAUGUUUGGUGUCCCAUACGUUUACACGCAGAGCAGAAUUUUGAAGGCCAGGCUGGAAUAUCUGAGGGACCAGUACCAGAUCAGAGAAAAUGAUUUCCUCACGUUUGAUGCCAUGCGGCAUGCGGCUCAGUGUGUGGGGCGAGCCCUGCGAGGCAAGACAGACUACGGCAUUAUGAUCUUUGCUGAUAAGAGGUUCUCAAGGGCAGAUAAGCGUGGUAAAAUUCCCCGCUGGAUACAGGAGCACCUGACAGACAACCUGUGCAACCUGUCCACAGACGAGGCUAUCCAGGUGUCCAAGCGUUUCCUCAGGCAGAUGGCCCAGCCCUUCAGCAGGAAAGACCAGCUGGGCCUCUCCCUGCUGACCCUAGAACAACUCCAGUCUGAGGAGACCCAGAAGAAAAUAGAAUGCAAGAUGCAACACGUCUGACUGCAUUUAUUUAUUUAUUUACUUUCAUGUUACACUUGUUGACCUUUUUUGUACCUUGUAAACAACAGGCUUGUAUAGAAAAAUAUUAAA